AUGCUUAUUUUAGACGACUACAUUCUGAGCCAAGUCUUCUUUCCAACUCUCCUAUUACCAUCACCAUCCAGACGCCACUCGAAUAAUCACAUUGUCCCCAUCCUCCUCAUGGACAGCCUGGCAACUAUGCCGACGCCGCUGGAGAUGACGAUAAUCAGCAGUCUGGUUGGGAUCGUUUUUUUCAUGGCUGUCUUGAGUGUACUGCUUGCUCCGGCGUCGGUCCUUUGGAUUGUGACUUGCGAUGGUAAUGCAGACCGGAUGGCGAAGCUGUCGCGAGGGCCUAAUAGACAACGUGAGUCAAUUCAGGCCGAGAAGCCCAGCAGUAGAUCAAGAAGCACGGACAUGAACAGUGACUAG